AAUUUUUAUUUUGGUGGGUGGUAGGAGAAAGAGGGUAAUAAGAGAUUAGCAUACUUUCAUGCUAUGUGGAGUUGGUGGAGAGAUUGUCUCUUUAGAAUGAGUAAGAAAAGUGAGGAAAGAAAGGAAAAAGAAAGAAGAGAAAGAGCGUUUAUUGAGAAUGGAAGCAAGCUAUUGGAGAAGCUGAUUGUCACUUGCAAUGACAAGUCUAUUCCCAUUCGUAGCUUCUCUGCUCAAGAGCUCCAACUAGCAACCAACAACUAUAAAAAUCCUCUGAGAAAGCUUUGGUACAAGGGUUAUCUUGAAGGAAGAAGUUUUUUUGUUAAGCCAAUUCCUGACAAUAAAAUAUGGGCUGAUUUUGCCAUUAAUGAUCUAGUAAUGUCUGCACAGAUGAGCUCUCAUAAAAAUGUAUUAAAGCCUGUAGGGUGUUGUCUCGAGACUCAAUCUCCCAUUUUAGUGUAUGAAUCUGCUAUGAAUGGUUUCCUUAUGGAUAGAAUUUACGUGUCCCAUGAUACUCGACAACAACAUCAGCCCAUGGAGUGGUCCAGCAGGUUAAAGGUUGCAAGGCAGAUUGCUCAUGUUAUUUCGUAUCUUCAUACCGCUUUCUCUAGACCUGUCAUCCACAUGGCUAUACAUAUGCGAAAUAUCUUAUUAGAUGAACAUGAUGUUCCGAAAUUGGACCACUUUUUUUAUUCAGUAUCAAUCCCUGAGGGUGAAAUAGACGUGGAAGUUUAUGAUGGCCUUUGGAAUGUAUACUUCAACCCCCCUGAAUUGGAAGCAACGGGCAAGGUAACUGAAAAAUCGGAUGUAUAUUACUUUGGUGAGCUUCUUCUAGAGCUUUUAACUGGAGAGAAAUCAUAUGAUAUAACUCGAUUAGCAACUGAUAAAUAUUCAAGCUUAAUAGCGUACAUUCAUACAUGUGCUCAAGCUUGUUGCAUAAAUGAGAUUGUGGAUCCUGCAAUCUUUUCAGGGAAAGGAGAUGUUAGUUUAGAGCAGCAAUUACAAGCUGUGCUGGACCUUGCCUUGACAUGUACAGAGGAGGAUCCACAGAGAAGGCCGACUAUGGUGGAUGUGACCAAAGAACUCAGACGGAUUGAGAGGGUUUCUGAUGAGGUGGUUUCUUUAAAAUGAGUAAGAAAGGCGAGGAAAGAAGGGAAAAAGAAAGAGCGUUCCUUGAGAAUGGAAGCAAGCCACUGGAGAAGCUACUGUAUCCUGCAACGGCAAGCCUAUUUUCAUCCAUAGCUUCUCUGCUCAACAACUAUCAUAAUCAUCAGGGAAUUUAUUGGUUCAAGGGUUCUCUUAAAGCAAUUUCCUGACUGGAAAUUUUCAGCCAAUUUUGUCAUCAAUGAUUUAGUGAUUUCUGCACAGAUGAGCACUCACAAUAAUGUAUUAAAGCCCAUAAAAGAUUUGAAGGGGAGAAGUUUAUAGGUCCUGCUAUUUAAAUUUGUCUUGGCUGCCAUGGUUUAUCACAUCUGAAUACAGAGAUGUGAAAGAGUUCACAAGGGUAAUGUUAAAUCUGAA